CUCUCUCUCUCUCUCUCUCUCUCUCUCUUUCAUGUGGCCAUCAAGCUAAGUGUUAUUCUCUCACACUUUGUCUCUUCACACUGAACUCAUCUGCAUCCAUAAGUUUCACCCUCCAUGUUAACACUGCAUGCAUCUUCUUUACCUCAUACAUUUUGCUACUACAACCCUAUGAUCAUUUCCCAGAAGAGAACCUGCGACCUGAAACCAUAACCGCAUCCCCCUCAUACCACCAAAGGCACAGCUAUCUCCUUCAUAAGAUUAACCCAAGAAAGAGGAGGAUAAGAUCUCGAGCAGAUAAAGAAGAGCUAGAGCAAGUUCAGAUCUGAAGUUUGACUAAGAGAUGGAUAUUUUUCCUUCACAGCCUGAUCUAUCUCUUCGAAUAAGCCCCCCAAACACCAAGCCGAUAUCAGACUGGAGAAAGCAAGACGGAGAUACGGAAUUAGGGUUUAUGACCUCUGAGAGCAACAUGAACACACCCUUGACCUUCGAGAGCCCUUCAGAAGGCCGCAGUGCCACAGACUCCACCACCACAGGCCAAAACACUCUCCUACUUCAUCCACAACCCCGCCACUACCACCACCAUGACCCCCUGCAUGAAGUGCACCACCGAGACCCUGGCUUGCUGAAGCCCAUAAGGGGGGUUCCUGUCUACCAGCAGCCACCUUCCUUUCCUCUACUGCCACCAGACCAUCAUCACCAUCACCAUCACCAUCAGCAGCAGCAGCAUCUGUAUGAGUCUUCUUCUUCCACUGAUUUCGAUCGCUCUGCACCGACACAAAGCUUGUCGAGAUCGAGUAACUCACCAUCAAGGAUCCCCAUAAAAAGAAGAAUGCGAGCUCCAAGGAUGCGGUGGACGACCACCCUUCACGGCUGCUUUGUGCAUGCUGUGGAGCUCUUGGGAGGGCAUGAAAGGGCUACACCAAAGUCCGUUCUGGAGUUGAUGGAUGUAAAAGAUCUGACACUGGCUCACGUGAAAUCUCACUUACAGAUGUAUAGGACAGUGAAGAACACUCAGAGACCAACAGUUGCUUCAGGUCGAUCCGAUGGUUUUCAGAAUGAGUGGUCUGCAGAAAUUUCUGAUGAAAGAUUGCUCAAAAUUCAUGAUCUCCAUACUUCAGAAUUUUCAACUCAUCAUGAAAUCAAUCAAAUUGGUUUAUGGAACAGUUCUUCCAGCAGGGAAGGCUACUCUAAUGGCUUAGCAAAUGAAGCUACAAGAGGAAGUACUAAGUCCCUUAAGAGACAGCAAGCCCAGGCAGACCCAAUCUUGAGUUCAUGUUGGGCAGGCCACACUAAGUCAAGAUUUGAGUCCAAAAGAGAUGGAGCAAGAAAAGAAAGAAAGAAAGAAAGAGAGUGAGAGAAAGAAGACAUGGAGAGAAGGAUAAAGAUUGGGGCAAAAGCACAAGAAAGGAAUGAAGACUGUGUUCAUCUCCUCAAAAGCAUAUAUAUCUAAGGCUGACAUGAAAUUUCAUUGCCUCAAAUUGCUAAAGGGAAUUAAAGCUUCUUCCACUUUUAUGAAGUGCAAAAGGCCAGAUUUUGUUCAUCCUCAUGCAUGUGGCAUGUCCUGCUUUAUAGUGAAUUGAACAUCUGAAACAUUGCAAUAACUUUGUCUUGUAAUAUAAGACUUCAUUGGCAUAUUCCUUCACUACUUGGCUUCAGAAACUAGAUUCUUGUGAUGGCAAGUAUCUCACCAUCAUUCAUGGGUGCUGUUUCUAUGUGCAGAUAAUAAUAUUUCAGAGGAUGAGGACAAUGUUUGCACAAGCUAUGUUUUUGAGUUACAUCAGCCUAAAGUUUUAGCCUUAUAAACAUAUAUAUAUAUAUAUAUGGACAAAUCAUACAUGAAUGAUUGCUAAAAUUGUUGUAUCUUUGCUUACUGUAGACUUUUAAAAGUGUUGGUCUCACUCCUCUUCUUACUCCCCCUUUUUCUUCGCUGGGAUGAAGACAAACAAAAGAGAGGGAGUGCGUGCUCCACUUUCCGUGAAGUGACCCCUCAUUGAUUCCUUGCUUUCCCCACUCCUUCCGGCAUCUUCUUGCCUCUUCCCCAUGACCU